AUGUACGUUGUGGUUUCAGAAAGCCCAGAUCCCCUAACUAUCCUCAAGACCAUUUGUGAAAACAUUGUUGGGGGACCAGCACCUAAUUUCAGAAAUAUUGAGGACGCACAUAACCAAUUGCAAUUGCAAAAAAUAAAUUCAAGAAGAAAUGAACCAAUUCUGGCGGUAUUGGAUGACAUUUGGCGAUUUUCUGACCUGAAAGAUCUGUUAUUUAUAGGGGAGCAAUACAUGACUUUAGUAACCACCGGAGAUGCAAAUAUCAUGCAGUGCAUCCCAUUAUGGUUCAACAAAGGCCAUUAUCCCCUGCCGUCUUUGCAAGAGGAGCAUGCCCUGUCACUUUUCUGCCUAUGUGCCUUUGACAUGUCUAGCAUUCCAGAUACACAUAAUGAACAACUGGUCAAACAGGUACAAGCAGACUGUAAAGGUUUGCCACUAGCUCUUCAGGUAAUUGGUAGCUCUCUGAAUCGUCAGCCCGACCACGUUUGGAAAGCUACUAGGGAUGCCCUUGCAAGGGGAGAAGUUUCAGAUGAUAAUCAGAUAGCGUUUCUUCUUAAGCGCUUGGAAACAAGCAUAGAUAUUUGGGUGUAUGUUCGUCGAAUGAAACGGAACGAUGCUCUUCCUCUUGUACGGAAAUUUGAAGCUAGACAUCCGCUGGACAUGAGGAGGGAUCCCGGGACAAUAGUACUCACUACUCAGUGUAGGAGGCUAUAUAUGUCUCAAAAGCAAUCUGAAUUACCCCCAGAGUGGCAAACAGAUGAAGAUCUUUCAUCUACAGCUCAGAUUAUUUCCAUUCAUACAGGGGCAAUGAAUGAUACACAAUGGCCACAAAUGGACUUCCCUGAGGCGGAAGCUCUGGUUUUAUAUCUCAGCGCAAGUGAAUAUUGCAUUCCACCAUUUCUGCUCACAAUGAAGAAACUCAAGAUUCUCCAAAUACACAAUGACAGUGCAAAACAGGCAAAGCUGAGUGGACUGCCUGAUUUUCAAGCACUUUCUGAGCUUAAAUCUUUGCAUCAUGAAGGGCUAAUAGUUCCUUCUCUACAUGAGCAAUGCGAUGUCUCAGAGAAUUUGGAGAAAUUAUACCUAAGCCUAUGUGAAGGCCUUGGUAGGGAUACAAUGUUCAACUUUCCUAGGCUUAUAGAAUUUAAUGUGGACCACUGCAGUGAUCUAGAGGAGUUGCCGGCAGGCAUCUGUUCUUCAAAUUCCCUGAAAAUUUUGUCAAUUACUCAUUGCAAAAGCCUCGCAAAGUUGCCUGACAAGCUUGGAUCACUUAAGCGGAUAAGAUUGUAUCAAUCUGGAUGCUUGGAAGAGCUGCCACCAUCCAUCUGCAGGCUUGGAGAACUAGAAUUGCUUAACAUUUCGUGGGUUGAAGAUGAACAGGAGCAAAGUCCCUGA